GUGUGUGUGUGUGUGUGUGUGUGUGUGUGUGUGUGUGUGUGAAUCAUUCAGACUCCGUUGAUGUUCCACUGAUGCUCUGUUUACUGACCUCUGCUUUGGUUUUUGUCCUCCUCUCCUCCUUUCUCCCUUCCCCGCCUCCUAUCUUCCCCUCCUCCUCCCUUAACACGUUUAUUUUCUCUCCAUUCGGCCAAACGCCCUUUAAUGUUACACACUCCUCUUAAACCCCUCCCCCUCCCCCAUCAUGUACGUUUACCCAAUUUUGGUUCCACCUCCUUUCCUUUGUUCACUUGUCUUACUCUGGUCUACCCGACUUUGGGUUUGCCGUUUUGACCCUCUCCCCAUGCCCUCCAUCUUUGCUCCACCCCUCAUCACCAUGGAAACCACCACCUUCCCCCCUCGUCCAACGCUGGGCGGUCUGAUCUCUACCUUCGUCUCUCCUCUUCCUCCUCCUCUGCUCCUCCUCUUCCUGUCCUCUGCUCUGCGGUCUCUCUCUCUAAAGAUGGUCACGCCUCAAAGUAUCUUUACCCUCUUCGGAGUCUAUGGUGACGUCCAGAGGGUGAAGAUCCUCUACAACAAAAAGGACAGUGCUCUGAUACAGUUGUCUGAUGGCAACCAGGCUCAGCUGGCAAUGAGCCACUUGAAUGGUCAAAAGGUGUUUGGUAAAGUGAUGAGAGUGACUCUGUCUAAACAUCAGACUGUGGCUCUGCCCAGAGAAGGAUUGGAUGACCAGCUGCUCACUAAAGGUAAGAGUUUUUCAACAGCCAGAUCAGAUCCACGAACAGUCUGGUAAUGUAUAGUAAUUCUAUCUUUGUGAGGACAAGUUUCAGUUCAAAUAAGUCCGAACCCUCAAGCAGCUCUUUUCAAACUGCUGUUAAGGGGUUAAGAGUGAUUGAUCCUCACAAGUAUACAAGAACGUGUGUUUAUCCGCUCCGGCCAAGUCUUCCCUUCCGAGGGUUGCUCAAUGUUUACAGCCCGCCGAGCAACUUGAGAUGCAAGACUGGAGUUUGAGUUCAGAGACAAAAUGCUCAUCAGACGAUAGCAACCACCAGCAGUAUCAGUCACUGUUAUUUUGUGUGUGUGUGUGUGUGUGUGUGUGUGUGUGUGUGAGAGAGAGAGAAAAAGUGUUUGCCCCCU